UCGUCCCUAACUUCAGUGUCGUCGCUUAUUUUGACACAUGGCGGUAUGAGUGGAUACCUAGCGUCCACUUCAUCAUCAUCAUCAUCAUCAUUAUCAUUAGUAUCAGUAUCAGUCAUGAAGCAGAGUGGUGAAGAGUGAAAGUGUCAGUGUGAGUUUUUUACGGGUUGUUUAUUCUGCGCAUCUUUGAUCAUGUCGGCAGAGUGGACAGCGCGCCACGGGCAAGUGUCUGAUCUCAACAGCAAGAGAAAAGAUGAGCUCCUUGAGAUACUCUCACGACAAGAAAAGUUACUUUCUAAUAAGAGAUUUAUUCAGAGCCUACCAGAUAAGGGAAAGAAGAUAGCUGACUUUGUGGAGAAAGUACGCCUUGCUCUUGGACAUCUGGAGGAGGAGGAGAGAAAACAAGCAAGUUUAAUCUCUGUCCGGGCAGAGUUUCAGGCUAAAUAUCAGCAAGCCCUUGCCAAACGAAGCAUAGAUAAGCAUUUAGACUCAAGCUCAGCCAUGAGUAUCACUUCCCAUGACAAAACUGAAGCCCAUGUCAAUAUCACUGCAGCUAACAUACAGGAAAAUGGUGGUCUCUUUGGCCAGGAGUCUUUGACAUCUCCGCCAAAGGCUGCUGCUGAAACACUAGAAGCAAUCAAUGGAAAUGCAACAUUAUUGCUGAUGAAAGAAGGAGGGCUUGUGGAGGCAUUCGGGCGAGUAACGCUUGCUGAAAGUGACGAUGCCUCAAAUCGAGACACCUUUAAAAACCUGCCUCCUAGUAACCCACUUCUGGGCAAUCAGCAACAGAAGAAGCCACAUUACAUAGAAGUCCUGGAGAAGAUGGAGAAAAGUGUGAACGCAAGGAAGCCCAGAUUUAAACCAAACCAGUUAACAGUAAAAUCGGGGUCUUUGUCAACUAGUGAGAGCUCUGGCAGCACCACACCAAUUACUGCAGAGGCCAGAAGACAGCAAGACAGAAAACACCUAGAUGAUGUCACUGCAGCCAGGCUUCCACCCCUACACCACAGUCCUGCCCAGCUCCUGUCAUUAGAGGAGUCAGUCGCCCUUGUGCAAGAGCAGACUAGAAAGUACCAGGAGUUACAGGCCAAGCAAGCUGCCCAGAAGUUGGCAGAUGGUCUGAGAAUCAGGAGGGAGAGUAACAACCCAGAAGAAGGCCCACUGGCAGCCUACAGAGAGGUGCAUGAUGAUGGGGCCCAGCUUUCCUCAGAGGAGGACUGAUCGUGGGGCCCUACAGGGAGGGCACUAGCUUGUUGGUAUGUUUGGCCUUUUGCCCUGGACCAGCUCUAGGCCCAGAGCCCAUGCUUCAGGACCCUGGAGAGAGGCUUUCAGCCCAAGGACAAGAGAAGUGCUCUUCAUGAACAGCACUGACAAUGUCUUCAGAUAGAGAAUAAGAGGAGCUUCUGCCCACAAAUUUAAAUAAUGCAGGUUGAAUCGAGUUGAGAGUGAUUGUGUUAAGGCAAAACUUCUCAACUCUUUUUGCUUGUGGAAAUGUUUCAGUCUAAGAGUAAAAGAUUAUCUCAAGCAUAUGGAGGGGGAAAAAAAAUGACCUUGGCAGUUUGAGAUUUUCAACUGAGAAAUCACAACACCUGUUGUCAUGAUUGUACAGAAUAAUAAAAUUUUAAACUCUUAUAAGCCUUUCUUUUGAAAGUGGGGAACACGUAUAUGUGUUGUGAUAAUGUAAUAGAAUAUUUUUGUAUGACCUUUCUUAGUGUUUAUUCAAAACGAAAACCUCUGAAUUAACCUCUGUAGCUUUUGAUUGGCUGUUUGAAUUGUCACCAUCAGAUAACAGAAACUGUUUCAUAAACUAAAGGUGGAAGCACUUAAUGUUGUGUCACUUGAGAGCAACAGCUUAGAAAAAUACUUUCUCCCUCCUCCGUUUUUGUGCUGCAUUGUUUUGUUAACUGCCCCACUGGUUUAAUUUGAUACAAUGAGUGAGCCAUCAUUUGAAGGGAGGGAUGUUAUCAGUGCAGAAAGCUGUGACAUGCCUCAGAUGAUUAAUAUAUGUAAUGUGAAAUAUCGAGGCUUGAAGGAAGUAGACCAGUUGGUGGAGUACAUCUGGAUUGCAUUAGAUCAUGUUACUGCAUCGAGUAGCAAUGCAUGCUAUGAUGGCAAAACAUAGACAUGACAUAUGGUGAAUACUAUUUUCAAGACUAAACACAGAUAAGAGACAAACACACUCUUUAAGCUCACCACUAAUCAUUUUUAUUUGAUCUCUCCUAAACUCUCAGGAUACAAACAGUUAUUUAUAUACAAACAGGAACCUUUAUAUUAGAAGAAAGGGAAAAAAAGAGUUUGAAGGGGUAUGAGUGAGAGAGAACGAGAUGAAAUUCAAAUCUGUGCUGCUCUGCAGUUGAUGACCUGUGAUAACCUCUAGUAAUUGUUUCUGCCUGUUGAUGGGAACUGCUGCCUCGAACAGAAAAAAAAAAAAAAAAAGAUCCUCACACAUCUGGCAGGUUAGUGUUUAGACACUGUGUGUGACGAACUCCAGAGUGCCUUACCCAGAUGUCCAAUGAUAAAUAUGUCAGACUUGUCUAGAAAGAAUCUCCCCUGUACUGGGAUUAAUUAAGACUACCUUGCUUACAAAGGAAAAGAUACUGUUACCAAUUAAACACUUGAUUCCUGUGCUGAUCAUUGUCCGGACCUGAACAGCGAGUCAUGAGUGCAUAGAUAUGCCUAAAUUGGAAUCAUACAUGCAUUCUGCAGCCAGUGUUUUUAAGUUGUUCCUUUUGACUCCAUAUACCCUCACACCCAUCGUCUCAGAUUAAUAAACCACUUAUGGAGUCAUCUGCAAGUGGUUUUCAUCUACUACAAGUGUGAAAUCGUGCCCCAAGAGAACGGGCACAUUUUUUGAGCAUUGAGGUGGAUGAAAGGAUUGUGUACUGUAUAUUUUCUUAAAAAUGCCCUUUACAGACUUGCCAAUAAGAACACACAAUGUGUUCUUGAGGCAAUGAUUGAAUUAGGAAGGAUAGUGCUGUUACUUCUAGCUCACAGAACCUGAAUGGUCUUCUCUUUUUGUCUCUCAUUUUUUAUUGCAUUGUGCCGGACAGGCUAAAGUUUUGCUGUAGUGCAGUACAGGUAUCAUGCUAAUUUCUCUGCUUUCUUGAAUAUCCUUCUUUUUUUAAAUCUUAUUUAAAGGAGUAGUUCACCCAAAAAUGAAAAUUCUCUCUUCAUUUAGUCACCUUAUGCCAUCCCAGAUGUGUAUGACUUUCUUCAGCAGAACAUAAAUUAAGAUUUUUAGAAGAAUAUCUCAGCUCUUUUGGUGCAUACAAUGCAAGUGAAUGGGUGCCAAAAGUUUGAAGCUCCAAAAGUCACACAAAUCAGCAUAAAAGUAAUCAAUAUGACUCCAGUGGUUAAAUCAAUGUCUCCAGAAGCGAUUUGAUAGGUGUGGGUGAGAAACGGAUCAAAAUUUAAGUAAAUUUUUACCAUAAAUUCAACUCCCUGGCUGCACUUUAACUUUCACAUUCUUCUUCUUGUGUUUUUGGUGAUUAACAUUCUUCAUGCAUAUGCUCCCUACUGGGUAGGGGGAAGAAUUUCAAGCAAACAUUUUCUUUAUUUUUUUAUUUUUCCCCUUUCUCUCCCAAUUUGGAAUGCCCAAUUCCCAAUGUACUUUUAAGUCCUCAUUGUCAUGUAGUGAUUUGCCUCAGUACGGGUGGCGGAGGAAGAAUCCCAGUUGCCUCUGCAUCUGAGACCAUCAACCCGUGCAUCUUAUCACGUGGCUUGUUGAGCGUGUUGCCACAGAGACAUAGCGCGUGUGGAGGCUUCAUGCCAUCCACCGCGGCAACCACGCUCAACUCACCACGCACCCCACUGAGAAUGAACCACAUUAUAGCGACCACGAGGAGGUUACCCCAUGUGACUCUACCCUCAAUAGCAACCAGGCCAAUUUGGUUGCUUAGGAGACCUGGCUGGAGUCACCCAGCAUGCCCUGGGAUUUGAAAUAGUGAGCUAGUGAACUCCAAAGGUGGUAGCCAGUGUAUUUUACCAUUGAACUACCCAGGCCCCCAAGCAAAAAUUUUCUUCAAUGUUGCUGUUUCUCACCCACACCUAUCACUUCAGAAGAUAUGGAUUUAAAAACUGGAGUUAUAUGAGUUACUUUUAUGCUGCAUUUAUGUGCUAUUUGGAGUGUCAACAUUUUGACACAGUAAUGUGAUGACAUACAGAGCUGAAAUAUUCUUCUAAAAAUCUUAAUUUCUGUGCUGCAGAAAUAAAGAAAGUCAUACACAUCUGGUAUGGCAUGAGGGAGAGUAAAUGAUGAAAUAAUUUUCCUUUUUGGGUGAACUAUUCCUUUAAUGGCAUUUUGAUUGAUCACUGUUAGAUAGUAAAGAUAAAUCUGUCAUUAUCCCUCUCCUUAGUCCACCUUUCUCUGUCUACCUUGCAGUGGAUCCAGUUUCAUACUAAACCACAGAGCAGGUCACAUACUCUGAUGUCUCAGUUACACUGGCACAGCUGACAGAUCUUAGGGCAAUGGUAUUACAAACAUAUUGCUGCUGUGCUGUAAGAAAAAACAAUUUAAAGAGGCCACCAUGCUGAAAGGAAAAACACUAAAACCAGACUAAAUUCUGGUUGGCUGGAUUAAGGUGGUCUUAGCUGGUUUAAGUUGGUUCUCCACUGGUUUAGCUGGGAGGCAAGCUGGUCUGCCAGCCUAGCUAAAAAAUGCCCAAAACCUUCUAAAAACAAGUAACUGACCAGACUGUGUGACCAAGUAAGACAACACUGCUUAAUUAAAGUCAGCUUAAGCUGGUUUUAUCUUUUUUGUUUUUAAGCAGGUUCAUGCACAAAAUGAUUUAAGCCUUUAACAAAUGUUCACUUUCAAUGAGGAUAAAAUGCUUUGGAUAUUUUGCCACUCAUUUAUGGUAUGUGUUGUUUUUUCCUCAUUUGAUUUUCUGUAGUUCAGUGCCAUCUGGUUUUGAUUGAGUGAUUAAUCAUAGUGGUUAGUUGCACACCACACAACAGUAUUCACUAAGGCCAUCCUGAUGUACUAUUUUUCAGUACUGGAUGUGUAUCUAAUUUAGACAGUGGCAAUGAAUAGUCUUAAAUCUACUAGUAUAUUUACUUUAAAUAUGUGAUUCGGGUAUGGUUUUGAUACAGCAGUUGUAAAUGCAAGAAGAAGAGGGUGCGUCAGCACUUAGAAUGAGAAACCUCACUAUUGACCUGUUUCAUAUGACGUCAUGGUAUGAUCGCGCCACCAUGUUUGUGACCAAUAUUUCAUAUACCUUCAUUGUGCCCAUUGCGAGAUGCAACAAAAAACCUUCUUUAGAAGUUAAAAGAAGCUCUUACAUUCAUACAGACGGGAUCAUCGCAGACGUUUUUUUUAAUACUGUGACUAAAUCAGACCAGAAAACAACACAAAAACCUUUGUAACUUCUGAAUGAGAGAUGUUUAAUGUGAUGUGCAGGUGGGCACGUGUACUCGCCAGUCACACAUCAGACUCUCCUGCGUCCGUGAAUAAUGGAUAAAAUAUCUUUAUAUGUCUGCGAAAGUCCAAUUUGGUAAUAUUUGUGCUGUCUUCAGAC